AAAACGUGUGUUGGAAGAAAGUGAAGAAAAACGUGUGUUGGAAGAAAGUGAAGAAAAACGUGUGUUGGAAGAAGAAAGUGAAGAAAAACGUGUGUUGGAAGAAAGUGAAUAAAAACUGCAUGUGGGCUGUGACGGCAAAACCAUUUAUCAAAUCCCAUCUUCUCAAACACACCCUUCCACUUCUUCUCAUGGCAAACCAAACAUCACUCUCCUUCUCUUCCGGCUUACCCGUUCACGCGCCUCUGAAGCGCGUGGGCACUCACAAUGGAAGUUUUCACUGCGACGAGGCCCUUGGCUGCUUCAUGAUUCGCCUCACUCACAGAUUUAACAACGCCGAAAUCGUUCGCACCCGAGACCCUCAGGUUUUGGAGGGUCUUGAUGCUGUUCUUGAUGUUGGGGGAGUCUAUGACCCUGCCCGAGAUCGGUAUGAUCAUCAUCAGAAGGGUUUUGAAGAAGUUUUUGGGCAUGGUUUCUCCACUAAAUUGAGCAGUGCUGGUCUUGUUUAUAAGCAUUUUGGAAAGGAGAUUAUAGCAAAAGAACUGAAGGUAGAUGAGGUACACCAAGACGUCCAUCAUAUAUAUUUGGCGGUUUACAAGAGCUUCAUGGAGGCAAUUGAUGCUACAGACAAUGGAAUCAAUCAAUUUGAUACAGACCUGCCUCCGAAAUAUGUGAAUAAUACUCAUUUAUCCUCAAGAGUAGGAAGAUUAAAUUUGGACUGGACAGAUCUUCAUCAGUCAGCUGAGAAAGAAAAUGAGGCCUUUCAACGUGCCAUGGCUCUUGCUGGCAGUGAAUUUCUGGAUAGCGUUCGUCUUCAUGUAAAGUCAUGGUUACCAGCAAGGUCAAUUGUAAUGGAGACCAUAGCAGCUAGACAGACUGUUGAUCCUAGUGGAGAAAUUCUAGUUUUGACUAAAUCUUGUCCUUGGAAGCUUCACUUAUUUGAGCUUGAAGGGGAGUUGAAAAUUGACCCUCCAAUCAAAUAUGUUCUAUUUCAGCGCAGCUUGCUUUGUCGAAGUUACCCUAAGGUGGGUGGAUUUAGACUUGCCCUUGUUUCACCCUUUCGCCUCUGGUUGCUCUUCUCUCCUUUGAAAGAAGUAUUGUUCAUGACAUUGUUCUUGUUUUUUCUUCUCUGAUGUUUUUUAAAGUCUAAGGAAUCUUGUGUUUUUGGCAUGACAAUUGCACUAAGCCAUGUUGUUCUUCCAUAUUUGCUUAAUGAUAGUUUUAAUGAUCAAAGUGAUCUCAAAUGUGCUCAAUUUAUUAGAAGCACAUUGAAGGGUACAAGUAGGCUCAACCAUAUUGCAGGAGAGGCCAUUCCUAAGGAUGACCCAAAUUUCCAAAUUUGGGACAAUGAUGACUCGCAAAUUAUGACAUGGCUACGGGGGUCCAUGACUAUAGGAAUCAAUAGAGAUUAUAGGUUUUAUUCUAGUGCUCUUGAAAUUGGGGAAGGACUUGGAAAUACUUUUUCUAUGUGUCAUUUGGUACCAAGCUGGGUGCUUUCUUUGUUGUGUGACAUCAUUUAAUGUUGAAGGGUCUAUGGAUUUAGCUGGACCAAUAUCGAAAUUUGAAGCUAGAUAAUAGUAGGGAUGUUGUCACUCUUGCUUUGUUUGUUGAACAAUCCCAAAAUAUUGAAGUUCUUAUCAAGAUUGAUCCCUCAAUAUUACCUAUUAGGACACAUUCUUGGGAAGGAAAGAAUUUCUUCUAUUUCUAAAGUCUUCUAUGGCGAGGGUGAGGAGAGUCGUCGAAUGGUCAUAAUAAAUGAACCUUCCAAUGAAGAGUUGGCAUGUUCUUUGGAAAGGCUUCCGAACUUGGGAUCUCAAAUCCUAGGAACAUGAAAUUCAACUUAAAAGGCAAGGAGGAUUGUAGGUGCCCUCAAUGUAAGAUAUUUGGCCACACCAAGGAGACUUGGUUCAAGUUACAUGGAAAAGAGAAAGCUCUCAUUUGUCUAGCCGAACUAAAAGGUCAGUCUUAAAGGAGGUUUAUUACAACUUUAGAUUCUAGAAAUUCUUCCAUGAUUCCUUUGUCCUCGUCAAUUGAAGGACUACAUUAUGCGUUGAAAUUUAAUGUCCAUAUACUCUUAUGGAUUCUAUCAAUAAGCCAUCUUUUGGUACUUGCUUUCUAACCACAAUAUGUUUUUUUAUGACAUUGGGCUUGUAUAACUUGCCACAAGAUAUGCUAAUAAACUUUGAUUUGAUUUCCACAUCAUUUGUGUUCCUUAGAAAAUAAACACAUUCGUUUGUAGAGGAAAAUGAACAAUUAUCCUUGGCUUAGACAAUUGUAGUUGUUCUUGGUUUUAUACCUUGAAGAAAGUCUCAUUAGUGUGGUAAAAUUUCUUACAAUGAGUGCACCAAUGGUCAUCGUUAUCUUUGAAGUUGAGUUUUAUGUUUUCGAGAUUUGAAGUCCAAGGUUGUGGCAGCCUUUCCAAACAUGGCAACUCCUCACCUCGGACAAUGUAGAAAGUCUCAUUAGUGUGGUAAAAUUUCUUACAAUGAGUGCACCAAUGGUCAUCGUUAUCUUUGAAGUUGAGUUUUAUGUUUUCGAGAUUUGAAGUCCAAGGUUGUGGCAGCCUUUCCAAACAUGGCAACUCCUCACCUCGGACAAUGUAGAAAGUCUUUCCUUCCCAAUAAUUUGUGCUCUAAUAGGGUCAUGUGUAAGAUUCAAUCUUGGUAAAAGUUGACAUAUUUGGGAUUGUUCAACAAACUGAGCAAGAGUGAACAUCCCUGCAAAUUUCAAGCUUAAUGAACAUUGUAGAAUAAAGAAGGUGUAGCAUGUAGAGAUAUCGUGUUGUAUGUAACCAGUAUUUGUGAGGUCUUCCCAAAUUUCACAGGCAUUGGAGUAAAACAUAAUUUCUAUUAGUUUCUAUAGUCAUGGAUCCUUAGCCAUGUAAUCAAUAACUCAUGAGUCAUCAUUGUUCCAAAUUUGGAAAUUAGGAUUAACUGAUGAUACAACCUCUCUUUCAAUAUGGUUGAGGCUAUCUGUACCCUUUAACGCGUGUCUAAUGAAUUGAACUCAUUGGAGAUAGUUUUAUUCAUUAAGGCAACUAUCAUGAGGUAAGUGUGGGAGAUUAGCAUUGCUUAAUGGAGUUGUCGUGCCAAAGAAUAAAGGAUUUCUUAGCCCCCUCCUAAAUAAAAAAAUAGAUAAUAGUAGAAAAAAGAGAAAAAGAAAAAUUUGUGAGCAAUGCUGCCAUGAACAAUGAUCUUUUCAAAUGAGGGAUUCAUGUGAGGCAAAAGGACAAAACAAUGAUAAAUUGGGAACAACCACCUCUAGGUGUUUCUGGCAACGCAAGCAGUAGUGGGAAUAGUGAUUGGAUGGGCUGUGAUGACUGAAAGUUUUAGGCCUGCAAAACUCACUACUUGUGGAACAAGAGGCAUGUGAUAGCUCCAAUUAUAUGGCAAGACUCGAGGGAUGGACAUAUCAGAGGACAACAUAUUUACUUUCCUGGUGAGAUUGUUAGUCUAAUUGGCGAUGAUGGCAGUGGCGAUGACAAUGGUGGAAACUGUAGUGAUAAAGUUGGUUCCUAGGAAACACAAGCUGGGUGCAAUCAUUGAAGGAAAUGGGUGCAUGCUAGGCAACCACAAAAUGGAAUCGUAGCUAAGAUUGUAAAGAAGAAAUAUGGAAGUAGAGUCUCUAAGAUUGUGAGCUUUGGUACCAACUUAGGAAUGGAUUAAUCUGAAUGAGUAGAUUUUAUUCAAUUCAUUGAUUUAAAAUAGUACAUUAGCCUUUAAAUAUAGAGAACCCUAGCUCUAAAGCAAAGAUUAGGAAGAGGUCUCUAGAAUCUUCUUGCAACUUCUAACAACACACUUAAUAUCCUCCUGUACCUUAUUAACUAUAUUUUCUUUUGAAUCAACAAGUAGCCAUAAGAAUCUUUAGGCUCAUGUAGUGAGCGGGAUGCGAAAUGAAUUGGAGUAUAUUUGACUAUGUGCAUACUAAGAAAAUGUCAAUAGAGCAACAAAGGUUAAAAGUUGUGUAUGUUAAAUAUAAUACUAAACUUGAGAUGAGAUAAAGGAUAGAGAAGGCAUACACAUAUUAUCCCAUGUACGUGUCCAGUAUUGAAUUAAAUGACGAGUGGAUAAUCAAAAAGGGAAAGUCCUUGCUUAGUUAUGCAUGCUUCAUGGAUGAAUGUACAUACGUGUUUUGAUGUUGAUGAGGGAGCUAGAAGGAAAUGCGGUCCAAGAAACUUGAAUGCCAAGUUCAACAUGUAGGGAAAAUCCACAAUAGAUGAGGAUAAAGACGUUGUUGAGGAAAGGGAAGAACUUUUGAUCAAUGAGGAGGAUGUUUUAUAGGAGUUUUUGUAGGGUAUAUUGCUGAGUUUAUAUAGCAGCAAACAGCCCUUAUUAUUCAGCAUCACUGUUUUUUGGGAGUAUAUGUUGCUCAAUUGUGCAGCAUCUAAAAAUAGUUGUUUGCUGAAUUUGUGGAGUUGCUAGCCACUUUUCUUGGCCUUGUGAUGUACACAGUAUUGUUUUGUAAUUUUAUGACACUUUGUUAGCUAUUUGGCAUUGUGAUUUCA